CUCAGGAUCUCUUCAAGCUGCCCUCUAGCAUUCUGCCCGAGCACAAACAAGGCUGCCUCUGACGCUCUCUUCUAGUAUAGACCCACUUUCAUUGACUGCAUGCUUCGUUGAGACACGAGAGAAAACAUGGCAGCAGAACAACGCAAGCUGUUAGAGCAGCUCAUGGGCUCACAAUCUCUCCAUUCUAGCUCUGGCCAGCAACCCACAGAAUUCACCGACAGGAACGUCUGUCGGUCCUUUCUCGUUGGCGAGUGUCCCCACGACAUCUUUGCUGCUUCCAAGCUUGACCUGGGACUUUGUCCAAAAAUUCACAGUGAGCAGCUCAAGCUAGACUACGAGCUUGCCUCGAAAAGCCACGAGUACGGGUUCGAGUAUGACUACAAGCGUGACUUGGACAAGUACAUCGAUGAUUGCAAUCGCCGGGUGGAAGCAGCACAACGGCGUUUAGAGAAGUCGCCAGAAGAGCAAGCUAAGGCCAAUGAGGCGAUGCGAGAAAUCACAGCCUUGGAGGAAGCAGUGGAACUCGCUCUAGAAGAAAUUGAGGUUCUUGGGGAAGCAGGUUUGGUGGCUCGCGCAAUGGAUGAAUAUUACAAUGUCGAUAAGCUCAAGAUUGACAAGGAAGAACGAGAACGCUCUCUUGUGGCACUCGACACCGGCGCCGAUGAUCACCAGAAGUUGCAGGUAUGCGAUGUUUGUGGGGCAUAUCUCUCUAAGCUCGACAAUGACAGACGCCUAGCAGAUCAUUUUGGUGGAAAGCUGCACCAGGGAUACUCGCUCGUGAGGCGAGCAGGGGAGGCCAAUGACGCUGUCAUUGCUAAAAAGAAAGAACUCGGCGUGCAGCCUCCAGCGGAAGAGAGGACACGGUCGCGUUCAAGAGAAAGACCACGGGACUGGGAGCGAGAUCGGGGAGGCUACAGCGGGGGGCAUCGAGGUGGUGGCGGCUACCGUGGCUCGCGCGGAGGUGCUGGAUAUAGACGAUAUUGAUGAAUCUCUCUGGCCAGCUGGAGCUCAUGGUCAAGCACAGCAAAGCAUGGUCCAUAAAUCUCGAAGAGAGCAAAU